UAGCAUUGCUGAGGACGUGAGUCUGCCUCACGCUCCCUAUAAAUACAGCUUGACUCAGCCGCCGGGUGACCGACACCUUGGGACAUGAGGUGGCUCCUGCUCGUCGCGACCCUCAUCGGGUCCAGCAUCUGUGGCCGAGAGAAAUUUUUGGGGGACCAAGUUUUUAGGAUUAAUGUCAGAAAUGGAGACGAGAUCAGCAAAUUGAGUUGGCUGAUGAAUUCGGACAACUUUAAGCUCAAUGUCUGGAAAUCUCCCUCCACCUUUGGUCGGCCGGUAGAUGUCCUGGUCCCAUCUGUCAGCAUGCAGUCAGUCAAGUCCUUCCUGGCAUCCCAGGGCUUGGAGUACUCAGUGACAAUUGAAGACCUACAGGCCCUGUUAGACAACGAAGAUGAAGAGAUGCAACAGAACGAAGGGCAGGAACGGAGCGGCAGUGACUUCAACUAUGGCGCGUAUCAUUCUCUGGAAGCCAUUUACCACGAGAUGGACAGCAUUGCCACGGAUUUUCCUGACCUGGCAAGCAGGGUGAAGAUUGGAUGUUCGUUUGAGAAGCGGCCCAUGUACGUCCUGAAGUUCAGCACUGGAAGAGGAGGCCAGCGGCGGCCCGCCGUGUGGCUGAAUGCAGGCAUCCAUUCCCGCGAGUGGGUCUCCCAGGCCACGGCCAUCUGGACGGCGAGGAAGAUUGCCUCCGACUACCAGAAGGAUCCAGCCCUCACCUCCAUCUUGGAGAAAAUGGAUAUUUUCUUGUUGCCUGUGGCCAAUCCCGAUGGAUAUGUGUACACACAGACUCAUAACCGGAUGUGGAGGAAGACACGGUCCUUCAAUCCCGGAAGCCCCUGCGUUGGCACUGAUCCAAACAGGAACUGGAAUGCAAGCUUUGCGGGACAGGGAACCAGUGCCAACCCUUGCUCCGAAGUGUAUCAUGGCCCCCAUGCCAAUUCAGAAGUGGAGGUGAAAUCGGUGGUAGAUUUCAUUCAAAAUCACAGGAAUUUCAAAUGCUUCAUCGACCUGCAUAGCUACUCUCAGCUGCUAAUGUAUCCAUAUGGGUAUACUGUCAAGAAGGCCCGGGAUGCAGACGAGCUGGACGAGGUGGCGCAGCGUGCGGCCAAAGCUCUGGCUUCCGUGUCGGGCACUGAAUACCAAGUGGGUCCCACCUGUACCACUGUCUACCCAGCUAGUGGGAGCAGCAUCGACUGGGCAUAUGAUAAUGGCAUCAAGUACGCAUUCACAUUUGAGCUGAGAGACACCGGGCACUAUGGCUUCCUCCUGCCGGCCAACCAGAUCAUCCCCACUGCUGAGGAGACCUGGCUGGGGCUAAAGACCAUCAUGGAGCAUGUCCGGGACCAUCUCUACUAAACGGGGCGCCCCUCCCUGUCUACAUCUCUCUGUGCACACACGGGGGCCACUGUUAAAGAGCUCAUUGCUUCGCACGAGUCAGAGCCCUCUGGGUAUGUGGAGACCUCGGGCCAGCCCUCUCCAGCCUGACUCCUUGGAGCUGGUGGGUCCUGGUGGUGUACCUGCGUGGAGGUCUCUGCCAGCCAGCUCUAUCCUGGUCCUGCUGUUUCUCUGAGCCUUGGACACCUACCUUUUCCAUAUGGCUGGUCGGGCAAGCUCUGGUCAGAAUCAGCCCCUGCUGGGUGACUUAUCUCUACCUCAUCUUUAGAAAAAAGAACAUCUCAGAUGGUUCCCCGGCCCCUGCACUUCUUGCCAAUCCAGGGAUCUUGCUCUGGUGGGAGCCACUCGGGGACAAUGAGUAUCUUUCAAUCAGUCUCUUUCAUCUUUCUCAUUCCUUCUCGAACAGAUUUUUCUUUGGGCAACCAGUCUUGUUGGGUCAUCAGUAUGGGUUUCCCUCUUCCCACUUUUUUUUUUUUUUUUUUUUUGUGUGUGUGUGUGUGUUUGGCUCACAUGCCUUCAUUAAGUUAAGGAUCUACAGAUACUACUGUUCGUAUCAACUUGUUCUUUUGUUAUUUGGCAUAACAGAUCCCAGCAGCCAAGCUGUGUCCCUGCAGGUGCUGUUUGUCCAAGGGUGUGGGGUAGAGCCAUGAUGCCAUGCGGCAUUGCUGACCUCCCAGUCUGUUCUGAGGGGCUCACCUCCACUUCACCUUUUGAACUCACUUCAAAGACCUUGCCCUCAUCCUACACGUCCUAAAUCACUCUCCAGGUCUGGAUAAUCUUACUGCCCCGGCACAUUCCUGUUGGCUCUGCUAUGCCCUGUGUUUCUUUCUCCUGUCUUUGUUUUGUUAUUGUUUAAUUUAGGUUUUAUUGAUUAUUUUUCGGUCUCUGAGGUCACCUUCUUCUGUUUUGCAUCCUGGACCACGAAUCCUCAAGUGUGGCAAGAAUUCACAGUCAGACACCCCUCAUUCCAUUUCUCCUCAGUGGGAACCAUCUGUCCUUUUUUUGUUCUUUUGUUUUUGUUUUUUGCUCUUCUCAAACAUGUCUGUAAAUCUUAACCUUCUGCCUAGGAUUUGUGCAGCAUCUGGUGUGUGCUCAAAGGCCAAUAAAUAUUCAAUAUGA